AAUAACAUUGCCUCGCUAUUUAGUUCCGUGUUGGAAGUCAUUGUUGGGUGACGAGGCAGGGCUUUAGGCUGUCCUACACACAAGUGUACCCGUCAGCUGUACCUUCCCCACCCCGUGCUACAGGAGUGUGUCCCGGGUGGACAGCCUCCAGCCUCCCUACAGUUGAAACCAUCAGCCCCGUGAAGUCAGGACAUUCUUAGUGGAGGACCUCCUGGAGGAUGCAAUCUGGACGGUGCAUGAUUCUAAUUUAGCCAGUGGUUGUCUAUCAUCAAGAUUCAAACGGUCUGACAUCUGAGUAUCGUCUGCAUACAUAUGUCUGGACACUGCCAGGUCGUGACACAAUCCGGGCUACAUAACACUGUUACUUCAGCGCUGACAAGAGGGGAGAGUGUGGUCAUCUGUAGUCAACACUGUCUGUCACAGAUCACAGAUCACAGAUCACAGAGCUGACGCCAACACAAACAUGACAGACUCCAGGACGUCAGCUCCUCGUCACGUGACCGGGAGCAGCAUGAGGAUGUUGGGCAAGGAGGAAUUGCAAGAUCUCAUUGCACGGAACCCUGAACAGUUCCAGGUACCGGACGAGUAUGCCGCUCUGCCUAAGGUUUCGUGGCGCCCGUCAUCCCCAACUUCGAACCUAGGGGAUCUGGCCACUGUGCCUCCACGGGAGGGACGCAAGAAACAGUCACGGAAGGUGAGCUUUAACGACGUCAACGACAUGGCGUCAGGUCCGGCCCCGACCAAACCGCCUCGGGCAGUCUCGGGACAACCGCGAGACUCGACGACGUCUAGGUCUGGACGACAGGGGGACGACACUGCGGUUGGCAGCGUGAACGGCGUACAUCGGGAGCGGUCCAUCGAUUAUAUACCCCGGGGGACAUCGUCGACGGAGAACGGUGAAGAAGACGGAGACCAAAAGGUGGUCCUGAGACGCACAUCAACUAGUAAGAAGGGGGAGGACUGCGUGGACUUUGAAGUCUUUCUAACAGAAUCCCAGAACAUGCUGCGUGGUGUCCUUGAACUCUCAACCCUGCAUCAUGACGUCAUCGACAAGGUUAAGCUGCGCGUGGUGUGCGUGUUUGACGUCAGCGGAAGUAUGCUGCUGAAGUGUGGACGAAGCAGACAACACUCCAAGUUGACAAAACUCAAGAAGAUGGCCACCGACCUCGUUGACGUUAUGGAGGAGGGAGACGACUACUUCGGCAUCGUCGCCUUUGGGGAGGUGACGCGAGUUGUUUGUCCGCUCACCAAGGUCGACGAGAGGUCAAGGGGAAACCUAAAGGAGGCCAUCUCCUCGAUCGACAAGGCCAUCGACAGCAAGACUGACCUGGUCAUGGGUGUACACAGGGCAGUAGAGCUUCUGAAGAGUGGACAACAGGCCAGCGACGCCGCCUACCGGAACGCCAUCAUCGUCUUCUCUGAUGGAGAGAUCAACUCCGGCAUCACUAACGCUGACGACGUUGUCCAUGCUGUGCGUCAGCGAAUCAGGGAGUCGAACCCCAAUCCCCGAAACCCUCAAGCUGAACUGUGGCUUAGUGUUGCCUGCGUGACAACGGGAGGUCACGUGUCUGAUGCGAUGUAUCUCGUUUCUAAACACUGCGGCAACGACGCUUACUACUACGUCGACAGCGAUCUUGCACACCCGGAAGUGGACAUGCUUAUUCCGCUUAUGCUGCGGAAAUCCGCCAUCGCUCAGUACGUGACCCUGGACAUCAAGCCGGGCAAUGGUGCCGCCCUCAUGGAGGAGAAGUGUACGCGCGAACACAGUGUUCGACGCAGGCGCAGUGGGAAGAAAGUUCCCAACAUCACAUAUUAUCUCCACGAUCUGCAGGCCGGAAGUCAGAAGCAUUUUAGCAUCGCCAUCGACCUGUCCGCCUACAACAGGGACGACGACAAAGACGUUGUCUCUAUUAACCUGGAGUACUGCGACGCUCAGGGUGAGGUUCAUCACGUGAUCAGGACGAUCAGGUUCAGCGAUCGUCUCACCCCACUCAAGGACCCAGACAAGUAUGACAGGGCCAUGCUAUUGAGUGCGAAGGCGGACAUGCGCAAUACCUUUCACAACGCGUGUCGGGAGGCAGCCACGGUACUCACGGAGGACGGCGACCCGGGGACCGCACUGCAUGACGGGAAGACGAAGCUGCAGGAGUUGCUCACCCAUUACGGAGUGAUGGCUAAACGUGAGGAGACCAAGCACAAGAUGGCCGACUUCUCACAGGCGCUGGUCUGUAAUCUGGACAAGCUGAUUGAGUCCAUGGAGAAGUCUCGAAGGGGAAAUGGCCAUAAGUGGUCCAAACUCAAGGCCGUGUCAUCCGCAGUGGUGCGAGAGACGCCCAAUGUGUCCAAGCUCGUGGCUAAGUCAGAGAUCGUUUGCCCACUUCCGGUUUUCAAGAACUGUGCUACCACCCGGAUGACAGCUUUAGCGCUGAAACUUUACCGGAAACAGGAAGUGACGUCAGUGGUGUUCCCGAACCAGAACCUGUUUGACGCAGCUCAGGUGGUAAUGCAGAGUCUCAGCGACAUCGUGAGCGUCCUGCAGCAAGUAGAGGAGGUGCCGGCGAAGGCGAACACUUUAAGGAGGAAGAUAAUCACCACCAGCAUGAUCCUCACGGACGACAUGUCUGAUGAGGAGAAGUAGGACACGUGACCGGGGUGUGGGGGUGGAGGAUAUCGGCAGUGUUGUUGAGAAAGUAGACAAACGUUUAUGGAUAUUAACUUCUUUUAAAACUGUUUAAACCUUGCAAGAAAUAGUGGUAUGUAUAAAUACUAUAUAUUCUCCUAUCGAGGGUU